AGAUUAAAAACGAAAAUCUGCAACCGCUAAGCAGAUAGAAUUUGGAGUUAUCAUUCCUGAAGGACGAUGUGUUAGAUAAUUUUCUGUUCUCUGUACAGGGUUGACAGUGUAGAAUGAAGUGCCGUGGCAGACACGGAAAAGUUUUUUUUUUUUAAUAAUUAUACAUCUAACCAACAAACAAGCGCCGAUAAAGCGCACCAGUAGUCUCUUGCCAGAAGUAACAAAAGCUGGCCAAUAUUUCCAGACGUAACCCGUGGAAACGGAAUGCUGCCUUUGGUUAGGAUUAAAUCCCCAUUCAUUUGAGAACGUUAUCGCCCGGAGCAAGACCCAGAUCAUCUUUCACACAACUUCACAAGAUAAAUGCGAUAAUAAGCACCACUUUAGAUUAAGAAGGCUCUACCGUGUGUGUCAUUAGGCUUUUUGGGACACCGUAAGCACGAUUGUUAUCAUAGCAGGUGUGUUGGGCCGUGUUUAUUUUUGCAACUACAGUUGCUUUGUGUUUAAGCCUCAUAAUACAGUAGACAUUGUCCCAGUGUUUUCCUUAGCUGUACCUUCUUGAACUUGGAGUCGAUUAUUCUUACUAGCAGCACGCCCUGGCGACAAGGUGGCAUAGUUACGUCUGAGGCGGCGUGGGAUUCAAACAGGUGUUUUUUUCUGAGACUUGUUUGUGGUGGUUUCGUUAAAUUUCUGUUUAAGAUAACCACAAAAAGCUGAGUAACGAAUGUUUUUCACGUUUUCUAUGGGUCAUAGCUUCUUAAACAAACGCUUACAACUCGUUAGGACGCCCGUGCUUGAGGCAUUCUCUCCCUAAGGACCAAUCAAGAGCGAGGACGCAAACCGCCCGGCAACUGUUGACUGGCUGAGCCAACAUGACCUUUGUGUCGGGUGCCUGGUUACUGACAACACCUUGCUAUUGUAGGGCGCACAUUCACACCGGCGGAAUCCAUUCUACAUGCCGACACCUGAUCCUCGCCGCAAGUCGAAAAUGGCGGUGGACACACAGUGGCCGGAGUCGACUGACCUGCUGACCACAGUUUACAGUCAAAACUGGCCUGCCCCUCAUCCGAGGGCCAACAAGAAAGGCUUUCAGGGGCACGUCAAGCGGCCCAAGUCGGCGGCGGCGGACUGGAAGCCUCCCGCCCGGUUAGAGCAGCGGAGUGCCCGGCAAGCGGCACGGCCUACGUUGGACCUGGACCAGAACACCCUGUCAUGGCAGGCGUGGACGAGAAAAACGUCUCCCCCUGAUCACGACUCCGACGACGACGGAUUUGACCCGUCCCUGUAUAAAAUCACCCAGGAAACUCUGCGGAGACUGACUGAGCAGGUACGGGAGGUGCAGCUGAGCAUAGGCGGCAGGAGCAGGCACGGCAAGCGGAGUUCCCGAGGUGCAGACCAUCACCGCCUGGGCCGGCCGCCGACACCCUCCAGUCUCAGCAUGCGGGCCUUCCGCACGCCGACGCCGAACAGACCCGAGGUGGUGCCCGACGCCUUCGAGCACGUCCACGACGCCAUGAUGGUGGUGUCGCCUCCCUUCCAGAAGCAGGAGAAAAGUAACCGAUUGCCACGCCCUACCCGCUCACCCUACGCAUCGAGAAGACGAGUGCCCUUCCGUCCGCCCUCAUCGUCAUGGUCCCCUCGCCCGGGCAGCGGCCACUCCCUGGUCUAUCCAGGCGAUUACAACGAACGGAUAGCCGACCUCGCUAUCCAGGCUACAGCAGGCAGUAACAAACCUCUACUGAAAGAGGCUCUGACUGCCUCUAGUGCUGAUAACAGCUCCGACUACGAUACAGACUAUUCUGAGACAGAAAGACAGCAGGGCGAAGAAGGCACGAUUCCUAAAGACAUUCCAGAUUUACAGCUCAAGCCAGAUAGUGUGGAACUGGAGGACAUCGAACGAUUCUUUGAUGAUUACGAUAGCGAUGAUAGCAAAGAAGGCGAGUCAGACGUCUUUCCGUUUCCGGACUUCUUGCCUAAACCGUUCAAUGAGUGGGACCUGCAGGAACUGGCCCUGCUGUCAAACAAGAACUGGAAAGACGCCGUCAGAGUCAAACCGAAAGGACAGUACCUGGACAUCAUUGACAGGCUGAUGGAGUUCGAGCGGCUCCAGCUGCAGACGAUCCAGUGGGAGAUGGAAAAAAGUCAGCGUCCUUCUUCCCGCGCCGCGUCUAGAUCGGGCGCUAGUAGGGAACGUUCUGCGGCGUUAGCGAAACCUAAAGCCGGGCAGGGCAAACCGUGCCACCCCGACUGUGUACAGCCGAUGUGUGCGGGAAACUGCACGCAGAAAAGGGUGCCGUCCGGGCGGGUAUGUAUCUACUGCCGUCAACGCUACUGCACGGGGACUUGUAAAGAACACGGGUACGACAGCCACCAACGUCAGCCGCCCAGAGAGGAGGAGGACAAGAAAGGGUCGCCGUCUCGGCUUGCGAGACCCAGGUCUUGUACACCUUGCCAUUCUAAGCAACGGUCGAACGCUGCUGUAAUAAACGAGAACAAUACCGUCCUAGGUCGACCGAAAUCCAGCAAUAUAACCUUCAGCAGAGGGCAGUCGUCUGUUCCCAGCAAGCCAAUCCGCGAGCACACGUAUGUUAGUAGCAAAUCGAAAUCAAACGAUGCGCACAAACAUGACAAAACUACUGCUGCACGACCCCCCACGGGAAAACGCACGCCAGGGGGACGGGACAAAGUUAUGCCGGGCAAGAGUUUCUCGUCGCAAAGGAGACAUUCGCUGACCGACCUGACGGCGACGACCCGUGACAAACAGUCGACCAAUGGGACAACCAAACGAAAAAGGCCCAAAACCGCAAAGAGAGCAAGCAAGAACUGAGCACGCGAUGUACUGAGUUAGAACUGGUACUGAGUUAGUCACCAAAUGAAUGUUCCAUAUUCAGUAGAAGCUGCCAAACUAUGAUAAGCCUAGUUACUUUAACGAAAAAGAUGGGUAGAUUGAAUGAUCAUUAAUACCUUUCAUAUGUAGCUACAUAACAGGUGUUCAGUUCGAAAAGAUUUGACUUACUGGUAAUUACCUGAUGAAUAGGUGAGUUUGUGACCGGUUACAGUUUCGGUAGCUAGCGGGUCGUCGCCGUUAUUUUCCAUGUCACAAGCGGUCGUUGCCGUUUAAAAUAGUGGACGCUAUAUCGCUGACUGGUCGAAGUCGAUUCGAGCGUAUUUUCUUUGGCAGACAUGGGGCAAAAAUGUAUAGAAAGCAGCAUUUCAAUUUCAAACGUAGUUAAAACAAGAGCAUCGUGAAAAAUAUUGAAGAAAAUAUUGAAAAAAGAAAAUGCACUACCCGGGUUCCAAGGUCAUAUAGGCAACGACCGUUUACAGCGGAGAUUAGCGUCGUCACCGGAUCGUGUUGCAAUGUUUAAAGAAACAGUGAGCAGCGACAAUAGAGCACGAACCAUGACAACUACCAUACUUUCAACAGGCUCAGUUUCGACAUUGAAAUUCCACAUGUACUUCGACAUUUGGAGCAGAUGUCGAGUUUCUUCCUUGCCGUUCUGGGUUGUUCUGAGAACAUCCGUCGGGACCCAUUUGUGAUUUGUUGCAUAUGCAAUAUUAUGUUAUUUCUUUACUGUUGUGUCAAGUGUACAGUGAAAUAAAGCAGUGGUCAAUCUA